AUGCUAAAGGUAUUGAAAGGACUUAACUAUGUACAUAGUCAGAAUGUUGUGCACCGCGACAUCAAACCAGAAAACAUUUUGCUCUCAGCCAAUGGUAUAAUCAAGAUUUGCGACUUUGGGGUGUCCCGCAUGUUUAGCAAAGACCGAACAUUAGACCUCAGCACUGAGAUGGGUACUGUCUGGUACCAAGCCCCAGAAAUGCUGAUGGAUUCAACAAAAUAUGAUACUACUGUGGACAUUUGGUCAGUCGGCAUUUUAUUCACGGAAUUGGUCAACAAGAUGCCUCUUGUCGCUGAAGACACAGUCACCAGUCAAUUGUAUGGCAUUACAAAAAUACUGGGAUGUGACAACUGUGACUUGAUAGUUGUAGACAAGUACUUACGUAAACACGGUUAUAGCCUCAAUUUAGAGGCUAGUUAUGCACCAUUGUCUCAAUCUUAUACAGCCUCGAAAACUGCAAUGGCACUUCGAAAAGUGUAUGCCUGUUGGCCGAUAUACUUGGUGGAAAUAGUGACAUAUUGUCUGCAGUUUAACCCAGUUAACCGUAAGAAUGCUGCACAGUUACUGGACAUGAAGUUUUUCACUGCCGGAACGUUUUUGUCCCGCUUUAAUAAGGAGAUGAAAAUCAAACUGAAAUAUGACAAUGCAAGAUACCAAUGA